UGAAAUCUUUAAUUAAUGUUGGCAAGAUUGGCUACUUUGAUUGGAGCCAAUAUAUUUUAGAUAAAAUAUGCACAACAGUGAUAAAGUACUCUAAUUCCUCUUAAGCCCGGACAAAAGAAUAUUAGUGGAUGUGUUCUACUGCUGUAAAUUCUAUAUUUUCAUAGAUUGAAAUGGCGGGGAAAGUUCAACCAUCGACUCUUCCUUUGAUUCAACAUUGGACAAAUGAAGAUCUAAAGAAAAGGAUGCUUGAGAAAUACGUGCUGGAGAUUUUGGGCUAGGGGAGUUGGAUAAUUCUACUUAUCCUAUUAGUAGUAGUAUGGUUGCUACUAAAUUUGAGGAUGAGGUUCCUAGAGAGAGAUCAAGUAGUAGAGGUUGUGAUGAAAUCAAUGAAGAAUCUUCAAGAGUUACCAAGUUCACAAUCUCUAAAGGUGAACUUGAUAAUGAUGAGAUACACAAAAUGGCGAAAGAUGGAUAUGACACUUAUAACAAGUGUAUGGAGAGGGUUAUGAAACUAAAAGGACAAAUUAAGGGAAAUGCACUUGAGAGCUCCUCACAAUGUCACAUUUCACAGGAUAGUCAACGUUUGUUUGGAGAUUCUAAAGUUUUAAAAUAUGUCGAUAAGGUGGUUGAAAACUUCUUGGCUGUGAAGAAGUUAUCCGAGUCAAUGCAUUCAUUUGAUCUAUUGACACCGGAUGAAGAACUACUACACAAACAAUGUGAAGAAAAUAAUGAUCGAAUGGUAAUUAAUUAUUUAAUUGACUUUACUACUUUACUGCUUCAAUAGUCUAAAGAUUAUAUAUUCAUUUUGUGGACUAUAGGCAAAUAUAGCUAUUGCCUAUUGGAGCAGUAAAGUAGUAAAGUCAUUAAAUUAUUAGUUACCAUCCGAUCAUCAUUUUCUUCACAUUGUUUUUGUAGUAGUUCUUCAUCCGGUGUCAAUAGAUCAAAUAAAGG